AUGGAUCUAGCUGAUCAAAUCGAUGAUUAUAUAUGUUCAUUUGAGGGUCUCGGUGAUAUAACAAUGGAUUCAUUAGCGAUAUUUAUAUUUUUAUGGGCGGUUUUGGCUCUGUUCUCCUUAUGGCUGUGCAAAUAUCUCUACCAAAAAUAUUCGAAAGAGAAAGAGGCUGCCGGGGCGACUACACCCAGUCGUCAGAGUAGCGUUGGGCCCGGUACUGGGAAAGCAGAAAAAACUCGACUAUCCGAACCACGAGAAAUACAAGCCAGUAAAACGGAUAUGAAAGAGUUAAUGCUAAGUAAGCCUACAGCAGCAGCUGGCGCAGUAGGCGCUGGAGCGGCCCGAAGUGUUAAAACCCCGACAGGCGCGCCUGGGGCAACUUCGAUAAGACGACGAAUGGUUAGACAGAGUUCAACGGGCCCCGAGAAUAUUAAAAGGCGAUAUGUACCACCGCCAUCAAAUGUCGUAGGACCAGAAACGUCUUCAGUUACUUGGACUAGUCAUGUAUUCCGUUGGCUUUAUAGCGAUUUGGUGAUUGUUAAUGAAUUACUAAUGUCCUGGGUUAUUGCUCUAAACGAUACCCUAAGGAAAACAACCGAUGAGCAAGGAAUUAUGGUUGAAAUAGUACGUGUUUUACCUGACAGCCCCGCACCCGGCUUAAGCAACAUAUUCUGUAAUGCCGAUGAGAACAAUCCAGCUGAUAUGCUGAUUACUUUCGAUUGUGAUGCUAUGCCCGUUCUACAAAUGAAGACGAUGCGUCAAAAAUCGGGUAAAUUCGAAACAUCUCAUUAUAAAGUAACUGUAUCCAGAUUUCGUGCUCGCAUGGCUAACGCAAUGAACUAUAAUAGUUUGAAGGGUGAUAUGCGUGUUGAAGGAUAUCCCGAUAUACGUAUUGCCAUGAACACCGUAGGUCCAGUUAAGGCCAUAGAUCCCGAGGAUCAACAAUUUGAGUCAGAAGCUGCUGAGAUACUAACUCGGGCUCUGCGCGAUACUGUCUAUCCGGUGGAUUUCUCUAUGUUUUCGUCUUGUCCACGAGCUGAAGUCGAACCCACAGAUUUGCCAGUAAUAUAUCCAACUGGUUUUGAUCCAAUGGCGAGUCAUCCAAUGGAUUCCACGAACCAGCCCCAAUCGCGACUUAUGACUAGUGCGAACAGACGCCUACUGGUGAAAAUUGUUAACGGCGAAGAUCUAAAAGAAGCCAAAAAUCCUUAUGUAGUAGUGGAAAUGGAUGAACCCGCACAGAAAAAUCAAACUGCAGCAAUGUCCGGUUCAACUCCUCAAUGGAAUGAACAUUUUCUCUUCGACUUGUCAUCUCAAUCGGCAGAGAUACUGUUUGAAGUUUACGAUAGUCCAGCUAACGCUUCAGAUCCUCCAAAGUUUUUAGGUUUAGGUUUGGUUGGUAUCGAAGAAUUGGCUGUGGGUCCCGCUUUGACUCAGAUUCUUACCUUACAACCGCGUCCUUAUGAAACACAACCAGUUUACGGUAAUAUUACAGUCGAUUUUGUGUUUAUUGAGGGCGCUGAAGUACCUGCCUUCGCCACCAGACCGCCCUAUAAACUUAAGGAAGCUCUGCACAUUAGCACCCCGGCCAUUACCGAGCAUAUGAAGAAUGGUUCUAAUUUGGCAGACGCUGCCGUACGUGCCUUACAAGAGGGUGCCUUCCCUGCCGCUACGGGUCAUCCUAGUAAAAGUACUUUAAUUAUACAUAGUGUUCAGAGGAAUUCCAAAAACUUAAGUGCAUUUAAGGUCGAGUUAAACAAAGAUGGUCAAAUGGAAGUAAUUGAUGAUGAAGUGUUGAAAGCGACUAUAACGGCAGACGAUAGCUCUUCACAACAACAAAAUCAACAAACAGAACAAAAGAAGAAAAUCGAAAGCAAACUUUCGACAGAUACCACAGAUGAAAUAGAGGAAAUUGUAGAUGAUGUGGCUGAUACUACGGACGGUGUUACAGAGUCUGCCAAUGCCAAUGAACAAAGUGCUUACUCAGCGCAGAAAACAGGUAACGACAGCGCUUUAGGAAACUCCAUAACAGAGUUUGGCCAACCGAAUGCUGCGUCUUCACCUCAAAAUGGUCACAACAAUAACAUGUAUUCGUACAACGGUGCUACCAAUGCUGCCCAAUCUACUCUUAACAAUAAUAGUAAUUUACCCCGUAAUGGCGAUGUUUUAAAUACAACUACAACAAUAAAUGCAACGGCGAUGACAGCGCCUGGCAUCCCAGCCAAUCAAAUUGAUUUGGAUGAACGCGGUAGGAGUAAGAAACGAAAUUUCUUUGGUACCUUGAAAAAACGUUUAAGUCGCUCUAAGACACGCACCCAUUCAGCUGAUCGUGGCGUCUUAACGUCACAUCAUAACAAUAAUGUUGCAACCCCUACCGGAACACUUAACGGUGAUUCACGUUCAUUAUCUGUCGAUCGUGCUGUUUUAUCUAAAAGCAAUUCACUUGGACGUCGUACGGGUUUAUCGCCCACUUUAGAUCAUUCAAGACGUUCUUCACUUUCAGAGUCCUCAGCUAUCUCAGGUUUCUCUUCAGCCAGCACAAAAACUUAUAUACAUGAAGCAUCCACUUUGGUGCUUGAGACUAUAGAAAAUGGUGUCAAAAGGCAUUUCAUUGUGCCCUUGAAUAUAGCACAACGUCCCCGAUGGCGUCGUAAGGGCACGAAACUGCAUAUUUACAAUGAUCACACUUUCAUUGCUAAGCAUUUAAGCGGAAGCGGCUUACAAUGUUCAAUAUGCAUGAAAUCGAUUCCACGCCGACCGGGUAAACAGGGGUACGAAUGUCGUGACUGUCAGUUGAUCUGCCACAAACAAUGCCACAUUCGUGCACCGCAAGCAUGUCCUAAUCCAACCGUGCUCUCUAUGGAAUUAACCUCACUUCCGCUUUUCAAAGAACUUUAAAUCUUUAUUUCGUUAGAAUAUUUAAUUGAAAUUCUUAUUUUCAAAGAAUUUUUUGCAAUACUUUUAUAUUAUGUUAGCCUUAGUAUGCACGAAUUGCUCAAAAACGAAUUGCAAAAUUCUUUUUAAACACGUUCUGCCUUAGUUUUUACGCCAAUUAUUUUUGUCAUUACAUAUAUAUUCGCCUUUCGCCUUUGGCUUGCUUAUUUCUAUUAAUAUCACCACGCAACAGUUUUCUAUAUAUAUUUUAAAAUGAGAUGGGGCGCAAAAACCGCAAAGGCGUUUCUGACGAGGAUACAAUAUAUCUGCUCAAGGUCAUGUCUCUAGACCCAUUAGCAAAUCUACUAUAGAUCGAUAUCGAUUCAAUCGUUCGGACGUUCGGACAGACGUUUAAAUUGCUCACUGAUUCUAAUAAUGCACCUACUUUCUCAUUGGAAGUUUAUUAAUACUUUAAUUAUGUUUCUCUUCACUAGUCAAGUCUUUAAUAGUCAAAAUUUUCUGCACAGAUUCUUUACCUCCUAGUCCGACUUAGUUUCCUAAGCG